GACCAGGCUAGUGACGCCUCUUCUUCUUCCUCCUCCUCCAUCUCAGCUGUCCAAUCAGUGGUCUCCAGGUUUCGCUGUGCCAAGAGGGCACGCCUUGGUGGAGAUGACGAUGCCGCCGGUAGAAUUCAAGAAAUCUUGGAGCAAAUGUGUGAGGCUGGGGAUGAUGUCCGUGAGGCAAUCAAGAUGGAAAAGUUGGAUGUUUUUGCUGAUUUGGGACACCGGAAUUUUUCUGUGCAUCCCCGGGGGCAGACAACAGCUUACUUCACGGAGCCAAAGGUGUUUGGGAGGGACACUGUGAAGGGGCGCAUUGUGGGGAUGCUGACGAGCAAGGAGACUUGCGGGGUAAACUUGUCGGUCCUUCCAAUUGUGGGUAACGGUGGUGUCGGAAAAACUACUUUAGCACAGCUUCUGUAUAAUGAUGCAAUAAUGCAAGAUCACUUCAGCAGACGGAUAUGGAUCUCGGUGUCUGUUGACUUCGAUGAAGUAAGACUCACACGCGAGAUGCUGGACUGUCUGUCUAAUGGCGUGAGCAAGCAUGAUGAAAUUACCAACCUGAAUAAGCUCCAAGAGAUCCUUGAGGAGAGCAUAAAGUCAAAGCGGCUGCUACUUGUUUUGGAUGAUAUGUGGGAAGACAAUGAUAAGAGCCGGUGGGACAAGCUUUUAGCACCCCUUAGAUGUAGUUCUUUGAAGGGCAGUGCGAUCUUGGUCACAACAAGAAAUCACUCUGUGGUGAAAAUGAUUGCUACAAUGGACCCCAUCCAUUUGGAUGGCUUGGAAGAUGAUGACUUUUGGGUUCUGUUCAAAUCAUGUGUAUUUGGUGAUGAAAAAUAUGAAGGACAUCGGAAUUUGCAGAUUAUCGGGCAGGGAAUAGCCAAAAAGUUGAAGGGAUACCCCUUAGCAGCAAAAAGUGUUGGUGCGCUUUUGAAAAGAAACCUUGAUGGUGGACAUUGGAUGGGAAUAUUGCAAAGUGAUGAAUGGAAGCUGCAGCAGGGGCCAGAUGAUAUCAUCCCAGCACUGAAACUUAGUUAUGUACACUUGCCUUUCCAUCUUCAAAGGUGUUUUUCUUAUUGUGCAUUAUUUCCUAAGGGUCACAGAUUUGAUGCCUUGGACUUAGUUCGCAUUUGGAUAUCGCAAGGUAUGGUUUCUUCUGGAAAUGGGAGAAUGGAGGAGACUGGGCGUCAAUAUUUGAAUGAUUUGGUGGAUCGGGGAUUUUUUCAAAGAAGCGCUUAUUACUCUAUGCAUGAUCUAAUGCAUGACCUAGCACAGAUAGUUUCAUCAGGUGAAUGUCAUAUGGUCGACAGUUUUGAUUCAAGAAAUGGAACAUGUUAUCCAACUAUUCAACAUUUAUCUAUCAAUACAAGAUUUGCUUAUAAGUGGAACACAGAUGCCCGGAAUUUUUUCCCAAAUGAUAACUUUCAGAGGAAGCUGGUUUACAUCGGGGAAGCAGUGCAAACAAGGAAUUUGAGCACAUUAAUGCUAUUUGGAAAGUAUGAUGCUGGAUUUUCUGAAACUUUUUCUCAUGUAUUCAAAGAGGUGCAACAUCUUCGUGUUUUGAGGUUACCCACACUAACUUACAGCAUAGACUUUCUCCUCAGAAACUUCAGCAAGUUGAUCCAUCUGCGCUAUCUUGAACUAAUAUCCAGUGGUCCUGGUGAGCCAUUGCCAGAGGUUAUAUGUCAACUUUAUCAUCUACAGGUCCUUGAUGUAGAGUAUUGGGUGCACCUUCCUACUUUACCACGAGGCAUGAAUAACCUUGUCAACUUGAGGCAUUUUGUUGCUCGAGGUGAAUUGCAUGCAAUGAUUGCCGGAGUUGGUAGACUAAAGUUUCUCCAGGAGUUAAAGGUAUUCCGAGUUGGAAAGACUACUGACUUUGAGAUAGGACAGUUAAAUGGGUUAAGAGAAUUGGGGGGUUCACUUGCAAUUUACAAUCUGGAAAAUGUGGGAAGCAAGGAGGAGUCUCAUAAUGCUGGAUUAAGGGACAAAAGGUACCGACAGGAUUUGCUUCUGUCAUGGUCUAAUAACCGGUUUGCGGUGAGAUCUUUAAUUGAGACUGAGGUGCUUGAGGGCCUUCAUCCACAUUCCAGUCUCAAGCAUCUUCAUAUAACAGGCUAUGGAGGUGAAGUCUCUAUCCAAAAUAUCCAUUGAGGGAGUAGGAUCAUUUCCUCACAUCAGAUUAUUCAUGAAAGCGUUGUAUAUCAAGGGAUGUGUCGGCCCACGUACCUUGGAUGAGAUAUUACUAUUGACUGAGUGCAGUCUGAGUGUUCUUGAGAA